UUGCGAUGAAGACUUUGAAUCUAAAGUCUAGGCAUUUUUUGAAGUCAUGGCAAGAGUCUUUGCUCCAUUCUUCACGAUGCCUUGUAGAACCCGUUAAGCUCGCACCUCAUAAAACCCAAUGAAUCAAUCAUAGUUAGGCAUCACAACUCGAUUAGGGAACACUUCAUUUGGGAAUUGCCAUUGCUUUCUUCAUUGGUAUUGCAACUUUCACUGUUUCCUAGCAAAAGUCUCCACUACUAAGUCUGGUCGUUCUCUCCGGAGAGAACCGUUUGGCCAUGUCAUCGGCGAAAGCUAUUCUAUCCAUGAUCGCUUCAACAGCUGCCUCUGCAAUGCUCAUGCGUACAAUAAUCAGGGAUUACCUCCCCCCUGAAAUCCACAACUAUAUAUCCUCAAGGAUACAUUGGCUCAGUAAACGUUUCUCAUCACAAUUGUCCAUGGUCAUUGAAGACUAUGAGGGCUUUGAGAUCAACAAGAUCUAUAAAGCUGUUGAAAUCUACUUGGGCAACAAAGUCUCACCAACGGUCAAGAGGCUAAGGGUUGCAAAAUCAGAGAAAGAGAAGGGCUUCAAAGUCACUAUUGAAAGGAAUGAGGAACUCGUAGACACCUUCGAAUGUGUCGAGUUCAAAUGGAGGCUAUUUUGCUAUGAAACCCCACGUAUGGUCACUGAUCAUGAGAGAAUGAUUCCCAUGAAAGAAACCAGGUUCUUUGAGCUUACCUUUCAUAAGAAGCACAAAGACAUGGUUUUGGACUCCUACUUCCCUCAUAUCAUGGGCCAUGUCAAGGCCAUAAAACAAGAGAAGAGCCUGGUGAAGCUCCACACCCUGAACCAUGAAAUCCACUUUAGUAACACUAGAGAAAUAUGGCGCCAUGUGAUUUUCAACCACCCAGCAACAUUUGAUACCCUUGCCCUCGAUGCGUCUCUAAAGGAGGAAAUCAUGCUUGAUCUUCAGAGGUUCUCAAAGAGAAAGGACUUCUAUAGGAGAGUCGGUAAGGCAUGGAAACGUGGAUACUUGCUCUAUGGCCCUCCAGGCACUGGAAAGUCUAGCCUAAUAGCCGCUAUGGCCAACUUCCUGAACUUUGACAUUUAUGACCUUGAACUUUCUUCUCUUCGAUCUGAUUCUGAUUUCCGAAAGCUCAUCAUUACCACCACUAACCGAUCAAUCUUGGUGGUUGAGGAUAUUGAUCGCACGGUGGACCUAAAGGAGAGAGAGAAACCCAUGGUCCAAUAUCCCAUGCAAAGAGAGAAUGGGGGGGUGACUCUAUCAGGGCUGCUCAAUUUUGUUGAUGGAUUGUGGUCAAGUUGUGGGGACGAAAGGAUAAUCGUGUUCACAACAAAUAACAAGGAGAAGCUUGAUCCGGCAUUACUCCGGCCAGGCAGGAUGGACAAGCACAUACACUUGGGGUAUUGCAACUUCUUUAGCUUCAAGAAACUAUUUUCAAAUUACCAUUUAGUGGAUGAUCACCCCUUGUUUGAAGAGGUUAGAGAAUUGAUUGAGGAGGUGGAGGUAACCCCAGCUGAGGUAGCUGAACAACUUAUGAGAAGUGAUGAUGUUUGUGUUGUACUCCAAAGCCUAAUUGAGGCCAUGAAGAGGAAGAGAGAAGAGAUGACUCAAAGUAAGCAAAUCAUUGAAGAAAAUGGAGAGGGAGGCGUCUUUCUAGAGGAACAGUAGGGAGAGGAGCCAAAGUAGAGAACUCAAAGAAGAAAAUGGAGAAAAGAGAUGACUGCUUUCUAGAUUCAAGGUCCAUUAUUUUUCUCUUUUCAUGACUAGGAAAGUUUGCUACAAGAGUUCCACAAGCCCCAUCACAAAGAGUAUCACAAAGAAUAUUACUGAGUUGAAUACUUCUAGCUCCUCUAGUUCUAGUGACAGCCAUAUGUUUUGGGUCCUCCAAGAAGAAUUCUUUUAUGAUCCAAAUUGACUCAAGGCAUUUAAUAUCCUUUUUUCAAUAUAUAAUAAUUGUCCCUU